AUGGCGCCACGCGAAGAGGUUGACCAUACGGUCAUCUACCACGAUGAUGUCGCGGAAGCGAACAAGAUGGGUGUGGAUGUCGACGAGGUUGCAGCCACCCGCAUCACGGAGGCCGACAUGAUGCAAAAGUCUGCCGAAGCUUUCUCAAUGAGGUCCAAGUCUGGCCUCUUGGUCAUCGGCUAUAUGUUCGUCAUGGCCUGCAACCAAGCGGGUUACGGUGUGGACUGGGGCGUCAUUAGCGGCAUCAACUCUAAUGACCGCUGGCACGACUAUUACGGAUUCCCCAACUCUGGUGUCAUCAUCUCUACGAUCAACGCCUUGAUGCAGAUUGGCGGCUUCCUGGGUGCUCCCUUCCUCAGCUGCGCCGAUGUUCUGGGUCGUCGCGGUGUCAACUUCCUCGGCAACUUCCUUGUCGUCAUCGCCGCCAUCAUGCAGGCCUUGGCCCCCAACCUGGCCUGCCUCAUGGUCGGCCGACUUGUGCUCGGCUUCGGCACAGCCCUGUGUACGGCGCCCCAGUACGUCGCCGAGAUUGCGCCCAUCCACCUCCGUGGUCGCAUUGUCGGCAUAUUCGGCGCCUUCUUCCAGGUCGGCUCCAUCAUGAUGCUGGGGAUCAUGAUGGGUCUGACCAAAUUCGACAGUGACUGGCAGUGGCGCUUGGCCUUCUUCAUCCAGGCCAUAUUCCCCAUCACAGUUUGCAUCUUCAUCUACGUCCUCUGCCCAGAAUCCCCUCGCUUUCUUUACAUGCGCGGUAAGAAGGACGAGGCCCGCCGCGUCAUCGCGCGGUACAUGACAUCAAGCAACGACAUCAACCACGAGAUUGUCGACCUAAUGAUCCUUCAGAUCGAGGAGUCUAUUGAGACAACCAAGGCUGGCUUCCGUGCCACCUGGGAUUUCCGCGUCUUCUUCACGCGCUCUGUGUGGUUUCGCACAUUUGUUUUGGCCGUGUACGCCGUCUUCCAGCAGUGGAAUGGAUUUGUAACCAGAGGCGGAAUCAUCGGCUACUACCUUGCUCCUGCGCUCGACACCAUCGGCAUCACGGGACAACUCGACCAGCUCGGCAUCAGCCUUGGCUCGACUUCCAUCUACUUUGUCUUCACGCUCUUUGGAGCCUACAUUAUCGACUACUUCCGCCGCCGCACGCUUAUUUUCGCUGGUCUUGUCAGCAUCAUUCUCGCGCAGACCGCCGUGACCAUUACAAGUUGGCAGUACAGCCUGAACGAGACCAAGACGACGGCCAUCCUAACGGUCGUGUGGAUCUUCCUCUUCCAAGUCUGUAGCGCCAGCUUCAUCGCCACAAUGCACAACCUCUACCCUGUCGAGUUGCUGUCGCUGCCGCUGCGUGCCAAGGGCAUGGGUCUCUUUGCCAUGUUCCAGGCCAUCGCCGCCGUCAUUCACAACUACGGCAUCGGUAUUGGCAUCCAGAAAGUGGGGUACAAGAUCUGGGCCGUCUACAUCAUCUACAACUUCAUCCAGAUCUUCCUCAGUUACUUUGUGUUCCCCGAGACGAGCAAGCUGAACCUCGAGGAGAUUGACACCAUCUUCGAGACCUCGGGUACCAAGCCCGUCAAGCUGAGUAUUAAGAUUGCCGAUGCCAAGGCCUCCAAAAGGAAGCUCGAUCGCCAGAACGCGACAUCUAGCACCUAA